AUGCUAUCGAAUGUUGAUUUUGCGAGAUGUCCCACAUGUUUGGAAGAUUAUGAUGACAAUUCACACCGACCAUGUGUGGGAUUCUGUGGACACUCCAUUUGUUUGAAAUGUCAGACGAAAAUUGUAAGCUGUCCACUUUGCAAACGCAAGAACGCUUUUUUCGGCACAGUGAUUAACUAUCAGUUACUGGAUGCAUGCCUGGCUAUUCGUCAAAUGAUCAAUGAACCGAAGAGCCCAGUUGGUGGAAAGUCUCCAAACAGAGUGAGAGCUGUCAGUCAAAAAAGGAUGACCGAGACACCGAAUAUUUCGCAACAAGUUGUGAACGCUACUCGCAGAAGCCGAAGGACUGCCUUGGAAACAACCUUAGACAAAACGCAACAAAGAGAAAUCGAGAACAAUUGGAUUUCUCAGCAUAUUCCGGCGCCGGAAUCUCGUCGUAGAGACCGAUCUUUAAGGCGACUUUCAGAGAGAAUGGUGGGUGGAGAGAACACGCCAGCCGUCUGCUACAGAACCAUCUAUACAAUUCCGCCUCCAGAGAACUUUGCCGCCCAGGGAAUUCCGUCCGCCUUCAACCGAAUGUUCUUCGGACGUUCAUGUUUUGAGAUAUGA